AGCCUGGCCAGUCGUGCUCGAGCCGCGUGCCGGUGUGGUCGUCCGAGCGCGCGCCGCCCCCGCCCCGCCCCCGCACCGCGGCCAGCACCGCGGCCAGCACCGCCAGCACAGCGCCGCCGCGCAGGCCCCGCGUCCACGGUGUUGUUCGCGUGCACCGGGAGCGGUCAGGCUCCGCGGCAUCGGCUCCCGGGGGGCUGCUCUUGGUGGCGGCGCGGGCGGCGCGGGCGGCGCGGCGGUCCUGCAGCGGGGGGGUGGUCGGGCGCGAGGUCGCCGCCGAUGACACCCGGGACUCGGCCUGCCCGCCGGGCCUGAACGCCACCUCCAAACCUCUCCGAACGCACGUGGCUGUUUCCGCCCCGCCCCACCGCGCCCCACCUCGCCCCACCGCGCAGCGCACCGCCCUGCCCUGCAGCUGGCGCAGAACCCCACGUGCGGGCGGCAUGGCGGCUCGGGGCGGCCGUGGCUCUGCCCGCCCGAGGCCCGGCGCUGAGCCGCGCUAGCCCCGCGCUGAGCGGCCGCAGCCCCGAGGAGCCCCGGGAGGAGGCCCGGGAGGAGGCCCGGGAGGCCCUCCGCCGCCAUGGCCACGCCGCCGGACAGCCCCGUGGAGGAGGGCGUGUUCGAGAUCGAGCCCAGCCGCGUGGUGAAGCACCGGCCCGUCGCCCUCGAGGACCUCUGCCGGCAGACCAAGUUCUCGCGGCAGGAGAUCCGGGUCAUGUACCGGGGCUUCAAGCAGGAAUGUCCCGAGGGAGUCGUGCAGGAAGACGCCUUCAAGGACAUCUAUGCCAAAUUCUUCCCACACGGGAAUUCUAGUCUUUACGCUCACUACGUCUUUAAGGCCUUCGAUGUCAAUUGCAACGGCGCCAUUACGUUUAGGGACCUGCUGGUCACGCUGUCGACUUUACUACGGGGUUCGAUCUACGAGAAGCUCCGCUGGACGUUCAAGCUGUACGACAUCAACGGCGACGGCUGCAUCACCCGCUCUGAGCUCACCGAGAUCGUGGUGGCCAUCCACGAGCUGAUGGGUCGCAGGGCUCACCAGCGGGCCCUUCGACGUAGUGGCGCAGAUCCUCAGGCUGUGGAGGACGACCGGAAGUGCCGGGAGCAAGUCGACCGCGUGUUCCGGAAGCUGGACCUCAACCAGGACGGCGUCAUCACGAUAGAGGAGUUCAUGGAGUCUUGUCUCAAGGACGAGAUUAUCACCCGCUCAAUGGCCAUGUUCGACACGUCACUGUGAUCCGAAGAGACGUCGCCCUUGGGCGUGCCUGCCAGCCUCGUGGCAUGCCUGGGCGACCUGGCCAUCUCCGACACGACCACGCCCUCGCCGCUGUGCUCGCUGCACGCGGGCCACGCGGCGCCGGGACCCUCCUCGGCGGGCGCCUCUGCUGCGGGCGGGCCGCCGUCCUGCUCGGCGGGGCCGUCGCGCAGCCCGUCGCGCGGGUCGGUGCGCUCGGGGCGGGUGCGCUUCAGCGUGGAGGCCCAGGUGCUGCGGGACGAGGCGUGCGCGCUGGACUCGCUCGAGUUGGCGUCCCGCGGCGGCGGCCUCCCCGGCGGCGUCCUGGACGUCUGGGCGCCCGUGGCCGCCCCCAUGGCCGUCGUGGAGGCCUCCGGGAGCGGGUGGCCGCCGUCGCCCCGACCGCCGGCCGCCGCCGGCUGGCCGGACGAGGGCGAGUUCGGAGGGGACAGAGUGACGCUCCGGAAGAAGCCGGCCGCGGCCGCGGAGGGUGGCGGCAAGCCACCGCGGCCCCGCAGCAAGGAGACGGACGUGUGACCAAAGCAAGCAGCUGGCGUCAGCAGACUUCUCUUUUUUUUCGUGAUUCCUAUUGUACAAGUUAUUGGCAGUUGUGAGGCUACUCCCGUCGGCUCUACUCCGCGGCCCAUAACGACGCGCGCGCCGCCACAGCGGCAGGCAGGCGCUCGAGCGCUGGGUAUCGCUGCACUUUGGUGACGGGGGACUCGCGGCUCGGGACUUCCCUGAAACUGUCAUUGUUAGGUUUUGAAAAAAAUAAAAAUAAGCAAGUUUCCGGUAAUGAUGUGCGCAUGUGAUCCGCGAGGAAUCGCCGUAGCUAUUUGAUCUGAUAUGCUACACGAUUUGCGAGACGUGGCUCCUUUAGACUCUCCCGGUGGCACCACCAACCUUACCCAGUGAAAAGCAAAACGUCGAGACGAUAUUGAAAAAACGUCGGGGCGAGUUUGUUCUGGGUUUCGGUUUAGAUCUCACGACUCAUAGGGCCAGACGCUCCGACGAUAUCUAGAUUUGAUACAAUCAUGAUGAUAAAAUUUUGACAGUUUUGCACUGCCACUUAAGUCACGUUGACGCCAAUGGUCGAAAACUUGUGCAGACUUUUGAUUCACAAGUUAGCUGGGCACAAUUUGGGGGGAUAUUCAUUCGCAGUGCAUCAUGGGAGCAACGUCGACUUUCAUCAGUAAAAAAGAAAACUUACAUCGCACUGCCACAAUCUGUGUCUCUCAUUGUCUCUUCAUUGUACUUUUUUUACUUCGAGACUGAAAACAAAUCCUUGUUUUACACACUAUAGCAUGUGUGUUAGCUCACAUAUUCAGUUUAAUUUUUUUAACAAAUUAAAUAAAAAAUGAAAACAAAUAUUCUUAACAAACCACAUUGCAAAUUGAUUGGUGCGAAAGAGGCAUUUGAUGUUAAAUAAUUUUCACUUGUAGAGUAAUAAAAUUCCUCAAUUUCUAGAUUCUACUUGUGGAGGUUUGCACUCGCAAAAAAUGUGUUCUGAUCUUGAUAAAAUUGAUGUGCCAUAACACAUCCAUCCUGUUACUAUACAGUUAUUUUGCGAGUGUUGUCCUCUGUGGGAGUCCUGCUCAUACUAGUUCGUUUUGCUAUGGAUCAUUUAUGUGACUAGCAACCAUAGUUAAGGCAUUACUUCUAGCGUAGAUGAAAGAUGGGUCAAAUAUUGUAAAAUUUUUGGUUUAGCUAGGACAGUCUUAGACCUUAAUCAAAUGCCAUCUACAUUUUAAACAUUCUAAAAUAGCAACAAUGCUCGUCUUGUUUCGUCAAACUUCCAAUGUCUAUAAAUUUGUCCAUAAAAGAUCAGUAUUUUUCAAUUCUGGGACUUAAAUGUAGGCGUAGUGUCAAGAACAUCAUGCAUCAUCUUUGUCUUCUGUGACAAAAAUGAUCAAUAAAUCAUUCCCACACCAUCACGAGAGAAAGGCGCCCUUUCGCUCGUGCCGACAUAAAAUCUAUAGUUUAAUAGUUUACCAUGAAUGAAGUAUUUGCUGUAGACUAACAAAUGAAAUAAAAUUUUACUGUUUCAAAUGA